AGGGGAUGGUCCCAUUUCAUAAAUCAAAAUCCACUAAAACCUGACUCAUCAACCAGUUAUGGCUAAUCAUACUGUUAUUCACAAUUGACGGACUGAUUAUACACCCAAAGAGACCAAAAUCUUUACUUUCAAAUUUGGCAUGUGGGAGCUAUUAAUCAUCCGAGUCAAUAGGUAGUAGCAUUAUUAUCUAGUUUAAAAAAUAAUGCUCAAAGCUAUACUGAUUCUGGGUUCAUCUUCUGGGUUUUUAUCCUGUCGAUUCAGGAAGCCUCAACCAAAUUCUGGGCUUUUCUUAAUUUCCACAAGAAAAUCCAUUGGGACAAUAUCUGUAAAGACUGAUUCUUUGUUAUUGCCGGCUUCUCAUUAUAAGGGUCGUUUUAGAAUGUCUUCAACUCAUUCCAAGUCAAACCCAGAUGGCCCAUCUUCAUCACAACUUUCUUCUUCAUCUGUUGCAGCAAUCCAGUCAAUUGGCAAUAUUCGCAAGAUCAACUUCUGCCAGUUUUGUGGAGGCUCAACAAAGCAUGAGAUACCUGAUGGUGAGGAAAAGGUGAGAGCUAUCUGCACCCGGUGUGGGAAGAUUAUCUAUGAGAAUCCAAAAAUGGUCGUUGGUUGCCUUAUUGAGCACGAUAAGAAGAUAUUAAUGUGCAGGCGGAAAAUUCAACCAUCAUACGGCCUUUGGACGCUGCCCGCUGGCUACAUGGAAAUUGGUGAAUCUGCUGCAGAAGGAGCAAUUAGGGAAACUCUAGAAGAGGCAAAUGCAGAAGUAGAGGUUCAGUCACCUUUUGCUCAAUUAGACAUCCCUCUUAUAGGCCAAACGUACAUGAUUUUUUUGGCAAAGCUGAAAACUCCCCAUUUUUCACCAGGUCCUGAAUCAUCAGAAUGUCGGCUUUAUGAGCUUGAUGAUAUUCCUUUUGAUUCUUUAGCAUUUUCAUCAAUGCUGGUGACCUUGAAGUUGUACAUUGAAGAUAUUAAAGUUGGAAGACCGAAGUUUCAUUAUGGCAUCAUUAACAAGAGGCCUGGCACAAGCCCUUCUGAAAUCCAUGCCUACACUCUGGAUUAUCAUAUGCAAUCCUAACAAGCAUGUAGGUUCUUUUCCAAGGCCACUUUGACCUAAGAAAGUAGACCAUAAGACGGGGUGAUGUGAAACAGUUAUUCCGACUGUUUAUCCCCCAUAACAGACUCAACAGCUCCGAUGCAUUCUGAUCUUCGUCCAGAUAGGAAGAGUUUCCGGUGCUCUCGCUCAAUGAAAGCAUCUGGAAAUGAAUUUCUUUCAUCAUAGAUCUAUUGUUGUGUUGAUAUUUCCAUUCUUUUAAUCAUCUUGUAAAAAGUCUCCCUGGUUUGAGUAGUACAAAUUGUCUUUCUUGAGUUGUGAUGGGUGCAGACUGAACCUUAUUAACAUUUUUUGAUCGUUUUCUUAAUUAAGCAACGAUAUAAAACAAGUAGUAGAAAAACAUGUUUGUUAAUUGUUAAUGACAUGAUCUAACACGUUAUACGUGUAUUGUUGUUCCA